AUGACGGCGGCGGCAGCGGUGACGGAGGCCACGGAGCUGGACAGCGACGGUUCGAGCUGCGGCGAGCGCGACGUCUGGAAGCGCGUCCGCGGCGAUCCCGCCGACGCCGGGCCCAAGAAGCGUCGGAAGCAGACCACGCCGGUAAGAGUCUCGUCCGGCCUCGCAGGCGUGCACGAGGAUGCGCGCGAGGACGAGCGCGAGGACGAGGACGUCGAAGGUAAGCCGUCGUCGCGAUCGCCGUCGUUGCUGAGCAACGACCAUCACCAACAACACCACCACCACCACCACCGCCACCACCACCACCAUCACCAUCACCACUCGCCGUCGUCGAAAGACGAGAAUCUGAACAACGAAUUCCGCUGCCAGCACUGCGGCCGGCUGUUCGACAGCGACGAGACGCUCAACGUCCACGUGGACGGCGAGCACGGUGGUGCGAGUCAGGCGACGCCGGCCGUCACCAUCAAGGUGGAGCCGGCGCAGCAGUUGGACCCAGCCAGCGAGGGUCCCGUUAGCCUCUUAAGCGUUAAGAAUUUCGCGACCACGUGGCUGGCGUCCGGCAGCCAGCAGCACGUGCAGUCGCAGACGCAGAUGCAGCCGCAGAGCGACGAGUCGUCGUGGCCGUCGGGCGGCCCGGUUAAUCAGAUCGUCACGAUGACCAAUCAUUUGCAGGCCCUCUCGAGUUUCCCGGGCGCCCUCGCGCAGUAUCUACCCCUGCCAAAUUUUCCCCUGACCGAUCCCCAGCUUUCUAGAUCCUCCCUCGGUCCCGUGCCGGUCAAGAUCUUCAAUCCGGACGCGUAUUGCGACUUGUGCAACAAGGAGUUUUGCAACAAGUACUUUCUGAAGACGCACAAGGCCAACAAGCAUGGGAUCUACGUUGACUCGCCGGUGCCAACCGCGGCCAUCGACCCCGCCAUCAGCAUCGCCGGCGGCAACGUCGUAUUCGGCGCACCGAAUUUCCACGCGGGUAACGUGAAACUGGAGCCGCCGGCGACUCCGCCGCAGAAGCGUUUCCGCAACGACGAGCCCGCGAGAAAGCACAAGCCAAAAGCGCACAACGACUCGUCUGUGGAUCAGCAGUCCGACAGCAGCCAGCAGAUCAUCGCGGUGUCGCAGAGCGAGGAGGAUCGCGUGAUGACGCCGCGCGACAGCCCCAGCGGCAUGGAGGCGCUCCUGAAGCAGGAGUACGGCAUCGAGCAGGAGGACGCGACCUUCAUGCCGGCACCGAGACAUCUCUCGCCCCAGUCCAGCCAGCAAGCGCGCGAUUCCGGUUUCAGCGCCGACCUCCUGCGUCGGCUGGGCGUCAUAAAUCCCGAGGCAUUCUGCGAGAUCUGCUGCAAGGAGUACUGCAACAAGUACUUCCUGCGCACGCACAAGAUGAAACGGCACGGCAUCGUCGUGCAGGACAGCGAGCGCUCGCCCGGCAAUCCCGGCACGACCGUCACCACUUGGCACCAGGUGCAGACCAGCCCGCUGAACUUGAUCGUGUCCGAAGCGGCCGCGGGCGCGGAACCCAACGACCGCGGCGGCGAAGAGCACGAGUGCAAGCCCUGCGACAUUCGCUUCCAGACGAUCGAUCUGUAUCAGGCGCACUGCAGGAAGAUCCACGAGAUGGGCGAGGAGCGCGGCUCGCCGAAGCAGGAAUACGACCUGGACGGCACCGAUCAGCGUAACGACUCGAUCUCGGAGGACCUUCAGAAGUUGCAGACGAUGAUCUUGCAGCUGAACGGCCUGCAGGAUUCCGGCAAGGAAUUAUUCUGCGCCGCCUGCGGCAGGGAGUGCGACUCGAGGUCGGCCCUGCGCGUUCACAUGGCAACCGAGCACGGCGUCGCCGGCGACGAGGCCGCGUCGUCACCGCAGAAGUCACCCACGGCCGUUUCGACCAUUUUCUGCACUCUCUGCGAGAAGGAUUAUCCGAGCCAAGACGCCCUGAGGAGACACAUUAGCGAGGAGCAUCAGCCCGUCGUGUCCGGUGCUGUUACACUGCCGGCGCUGCCGCCGACGGUAAUCGCCUCCUCCGCCAGCUCGACGCCGACCAGUCAGACACCGAGCGGCCAGACGACGACGACGACGACGACGACGAUGACGAUGCAGGCGGAGAAGAAGGUGACGUCACUGACGCCCACGUCGAGCUACUGCGAGAUCUGCAACAAGGAGUUGUGCAACAAGUAUUUCAUGAAGACGCACAUGCAGCGGAUGCACGGCAUCGAGAUCGAGAACGGCGCGCAGAUCGGCGGCGUCAUCUGCAACAUCUGCAACAAGGAGCUGUGCAGCAAGUACUUCCUGCGCGUUCACAAGCACAACACCCACGGAAUCGUCGACGAGAACACGUCGUCGGGCUCGGCGUCGAACAAGCAGGAGCCCUAUGACUCAUCGGCCGCCGGCGCCGAGGACUCGUCGUCGCUGAAGCCGGAACAACUGGGCGAUCUUAGUCACAGAUACUUCACCCAUUUCACCGAGGUGUGCCCGAUUUGCAGCCGGAGGUUCCGCAGCAUCAAGUGGCUGAAGGCCCACCUGAUGGGCGACCACGGCAAAGCGGGGAUCGACAAGUGGCGCGAGUUGGAGCAGCAGUAUCAGGCGACGUCCAGGACCAGCGGCAGAGGCGUCGCCUCGGCGAAGAACGCGCAGCAAACGCCAAAUCUGAAGAUCCCCAACGGCUUCGAGGUUGCCCAACAGGUGAAGCCUCUCGAUUACACGAGUCUGGGAAAUCAGAUGCUGUCAAACCUUCUCGGCUCCUCGUCCGAGGAGCAUCAAUUGAAGAAUUAUCGCUGCGGCUAUUGCAGCUUCACGACCCCCGUGCUACCCUUCCUCUUCCUUCACGAGCGAUCCCACGUGAACCCGCAGGAAAAUCUCGAGGGGGAUCGAGGUCUGCAAUGCCCGAUCUGCCUGCACGACUUUCAUCAACCGGAGCUGCUUCAUCAGCAUCUGCUCGCCAAGCAUCAGUUCCCCUCGCUGUUGUCGCAGUUCCAGCAUCCUCUCGUGAACAACUUUAGAUCGGACAUCGACGUGAAGGCGAGCGACGCCAAGGACAGAGCUGAUCAGGACGCGAAGGACGAUCGCGUGGGAUGCAGUCCGCAAAUCGAUCGGAACGUCCCCGAGGCCGCGAGAAACCAGCGGCAGGACGACAACGCGGUGAAGGUGACGCCUCAGGGUGUGUACAAGUGCGCCCAGUGCGGCUACGCGACGACGAAUCUGAAUCGCAUCAAGAAGCACGUACGGAAGGAUCACAAGGCGAUAGGCGACCCGACGGAGAGCGUGAUCGCCGAGCUCAGCAAGACCCUGAAGGACGUGGCGAACAAGCAGAAGAUGCCGGCCUGUUACGCGAUGCCGCAGGACAUGAACUCGAACCCGGACAAGACGAUCAUGCAGCCGUUCCUGAUCGAGGAGCAGGAUCUAAUGCAGGUGGGCGCCGAGUCCAGCUCGGCGAAGAGAUUCGCGCCGGCUCUGGUCUACUUGCCGGUCAAGUCCAGAAUCGGCAACGCCCUGACCGCCUCCUUCACUCUCACCCCCGCCUGA